AUGGAGGCAGAGCCUUCUCGAUCAGAAACAACAGAAAUAAAUUCUAUAUUACCCACAUUACCUGCCUUACCUGCCUUACCCACAUUAUUUGAGGAUACAUCACCUCCACUAUUGACAGAACAUGCAAGAUCAACUCUUCACAUCGAGAAAUUCUUACGUGAAUUCAAAACUUCAUUGCUAUGUCAUUCUGAAGUAACGGAUUUUCAGGAUGUAGCUUUACUUAAAGAACAUGUAGAAUAUAUGAUCGUUGCCGAAGCCGGAAGCGACACGUCUGAUAUUCAAAUUCUAGAAAACGUGGAUUUGGAUAUUCACGUGUAUCAACUUAAUGAAGAUGAUGUAGUAGAGGAAUAUCAGGAAGAAGAAAAUGUUCUAACAGCUAAUUAUUGGGAUUUACCGGCACGAGCUCUCGAUGACAUUGCCUUCAUUGAUCGAGCCGAUAUCAAGCAAUAUAUCGGUUUGCCAUCACAACAAGCCAUUUAUGGCAUACUAUCAAGCUGCAUACGAGAGUUAAUGAGAGUUAGAAUAAUCGCAGAGGAGGGAAUGAGUGGGCGUACGUUACGUAAAAUGCCAUUCUUAGCAUACGCUCACUUUUUAAACUCAUGGGCUACGACAACAUUGAAAGAUUUCUUGAAGGCUUUAGAACAUGCAGUUGAUAAUGAAACUCUUGGAAGAAAAUUAACAUUGGAAAAUCAAGGCGAAGACGGAACAUAUGCUUUAAAAUAUAAUAAACUCUAA